AUGUUCUCGAUAAUUCACGGUACAGUUAAACUCUGUGAUACACUUAAGGGGCGUAAUCUGCUACCAGAAAAUAGUAUAGACAAUUUUUAUUUAGAGGAAGCCUAUGUAAAGCCGGUUUAUGAGACAGAUGAGCUUCGACAUUUAUCAGAAGGCCUAUCUUUCACAAUAAUGGGCAAAGCGCUUCCAAAAGCGGAAGGAUUCGCUGUAGAUUUUCGACGAGAAAAUCUGGAAAGAGACAUCGCUUUGCGAGUGACGGUGCUGGCAAAUCGCAACUUAAUAGCACGUAAUUCUAGAAAGAGCUUAAUAUGGGGAGUUGAUGAGCUUGACACGGAAUUAGCAUUUAAACUUCAACCGGGAAAAUAUAUACAACUACAAAUCCUAGUCACCAAUGAAGCCUUCAUGAUAGCCCUUAAUGGUUUCCAUAUAGCAAAGUAUACGCAUCGUAUGUCUUUGGAAAAUAUAGACAAGUUCCUAGUUCAUGGAUGUGUAGCUAAUGUUAAUGUGGAACAAAAAUUCGUCGACAUUUAUCCGCAAAGUCCUGACAAAACGCUGCACAUGGAACGCGUGUCGGCUCGUGCUUUGGAUAGAGAAGACGAUGAC